AUGAGGCACGUCCUGGUGCCGGUCCUCUACCUGGUCCGCAUUCCGACCAUGACCCUGGAGGAGUUUGCCAAUGGCGCUGCCCAGUUGGACAUCCUGACGCUGGAGGAGACCCACAACAUCUUCCUGUGGUACACUGCGGCCAACAGGCCCCCGCUCGACUUCCUGCUGACCAAGAGGCGAGGCCUGGCCCCACAGAGGUGCCACCGCUUCCAGUCCUCGGCCUACUGCAGCAACCAGUGGUGCUACCGGGGGUGCUGCAACAGCAUCCAGUUUGUGGCGGACUGGAGGGUGUUUGUGGCGGGGCUUGGCCUGUACAGGUUCAGCUCUGGGAAAGCCGAGUACAGUGUGAAGAUCGAGCUCACGCGCCUGGGGGUGGUCCUUGCCCAGAACCUGACCAGGUUCAUGUCCGACAGUUCCAGCAGCACCUUCCAGGUCUGGUUCAAGCACCCAGUGCAGGUGGAGCAGGACACCUUCUACACAGCCAGUGCCAUGCUGGAUGGCAGCGAGCUCAGCUACUUCGGGCAGGAGGGCCUGACGGAGGUGCAGUGCAGGAAGGUGACCUUCCAGUUCCAGUGCUCCUCCGACAGCACCAACGGCACCGGGGUGCAGGGCGGGCAGAUCCCCGAGCUCAUCUUCUAUGCCUGAG